GAAUUCCGGUAUAUCGAGGACGUCAUUUUGAUAACAUAUGCGCAGUAAUUGUGCUGGUGAUAUUUAAUUGUCACUUCUUGUUAAUCAAAAACUAAGUUUUUAAAAUAUGGCAGCAUAUUUUGAUUUUACGGAAAAUAAAGAAAAAGAAUUGGAGAAUAGUUGUAAAGUUAGAGUAUAUGCAAGGACAGCAGUAAAUAGUUGUGUUAUUACUGGAAUGGUGAUUUGUGCAUUAAGGAGCAAAGAAAGAAAGGAUGUAGUGUUUGCUAAGGAAACAGUAUUGGAAUUAUUAGAGAUAACACCAGAAGGUGCUUUAGUAUCAAUUUUCGAACAACCAGUAUUUGGUACAAUAAAAGAUAUUAAAGUAUUACAUUCCCGAUUUCCACAAUCAAUGAUAUAUGAUCCAAUUGAUGAUUGUGUUCAAUUGAAAAAUGAGGAUUAUUUUGAUAAUCAAAAUGUAAAAAGAGUCAUACCAGGCCAAGAUGUUUUAGUGUGUUUAAGUGAUUCAGGAAUGCUAAGUUUUUUGGCAUAUACUGAGUAUUAUAAUGAUAUAGAUAAUUCAGGAGGGGAAAAUGUUAGAAGGAAUAAAGGAAAAGGAAAAGUUAUCCCGGAAAUUAUCGGAUCGAAUGUUGAGAGUUCUAGGAAAUCAGGAAGAUUUCAAGUUAUCAAGGAGAUUGUUUUAUCUAUGCCCGGACUUGAUUAUCAAAAAUCUAGAAGUAAACUGUGUAUCGAUCCUACCGGAAGAUUAAUUGCGGUGGCAGCAUGGCAAAAUACCUUUCAAUUAUUUUCAGUAUAUCGAGGAGCAAAAUUAACAUUCGAUCCAAUUAAUACUAAAGAGUACCAACAAGAUGGAGUGAUAUGGCACAUGACUUUUUUAUAUCCUAUGGAUGACAUGCGUAUACUUCUAGCCAUGAUCAUAUAUAACGAGAAAGAAAAACAACCUAUGAUAGUAAUAUAUCAAUUUUGGGCGGCGGAUUCACCUGAAAGAGAUGUUAUUAAUUAUUAUUCACUACAAUUAGAUAAAGAUAGUUCAUUGCCGUUGCAUAUUAUACCAUUACCUAAUUAUCCAGAAAGUUUAUUAUAUGUUACUGAAACAGAAAUGUGUUUUAUACAGACACAAAAUGUUAUAGCGGGACAUAAUGAAUUUUACAAAGUACCGUUACCGGUGAAAGGGAAAGCACUAAUGACAUCAUACGCAUAUCCAAUGGACGCAUCGAUAUUGAAAAGAUCAAGUUUAAUUGAAUCACACCCAAAACAAUAUGUAUACGCGGGGAUUGAAGAUGGAACAUUGUAUCGAAUAGAAAUUAUUGAUGAAAAAAAUAUAAUAUUUUCUUUAAUACAAAAAGAGAAUGGAUUAAACUGUAUUGGAGAAUGUAUGAGUGUUUUAUGUGUUGAAGAAGAAAGCGGAGAAGAAUUUAUUAUAGUUGGAGGAGACAUGAGCGAUGGGGCAGUAGUUAAAGUAUCACAGAUGAAAGAAGCCGAGAUCACAAGUGUGAUACCUAAUUGGGCACCAAUUUUGGACUUUCAAAUGUUGGACUUCCAUCAAGAAAGACAUGAUGUUAUAUUCGCAUGUAGCGGACGUGGUAAAUAUGGAAGUAUAAGAGAGUUAAGAAGAGCAAUAGGAGUUAAUGUCAUGACAAGAACAGAUGCAGAAUUUGGUGGAGUUACGUCAUUGUGGGGAUUAAAAUAUUCGAGUGAAGAUUUAAUAGAUUCAUUUUUAGCAUUAUCAUUUGCUAAUUCCACAAGGUUGAUGUUCAUUAGAGGAGGUGAAUUAGAUGAUAUUAGUGAGAAUAGUGGAUUUGAUUUAGAAGUUUGUUCACUAUGUAUUUCAAAUAUUUGCGAUACAACAGGUGUGAAAGGAGUGCUCACACAAGUACAUAGGAAUGCUGUUAUCGUAAGUGAGCCGAGGAUCGAUAAAAUUUCAUUAUUAGAAGAAGGAGUUUUUAAAACAAUUCGUUGGAUACCACCGGAGAAUAGCAUUAUCGAGGUUGCAUCUGCAUAUGAAAAUAUUAUAGUUAUAAGUUUAUUAAAUAUAAAUGGAAGUAUUAUAACAGUAUUAAGAGUUGAUAUUGACUAUGAAAAAAAACAAAUAGAAAUAAUUAAAAUAGCGGAAAGUUUAUUGGAUAGUCAGCCUUGUUUCAUUAAAUGUAUUUCUCCAAGUUCAUUGGUUCCAAUUCCCAUGUGUAUGAUUGGAACAUUCAAACCAUGUAUAAAGUUUAUAUCAUUGAAUAUGAAUAAUUUAUUACAAACUUUACAUGAGGAAGUACUAGUAGAUUAUUCAAUUACUAAAGUCAAUAUACCAGAAUCAGCUUGUAUUAUUGGAAACAAUGAAAAAGCUUAUUUCUUGGCUGGUUUAAGAGAGGGAACUAUUGUGUAUUUUCAAUGGUCUUGGUCAUCAGACGAUAAGCCAAUGCUUAGUAGACCAAUAGUAAGACGUAUUGGGACAUUUCCAGUGAAAUUUAUUACGCCACAACCAUAUUCUAACAUUGAAAGUAAUAUUACUGUCGUAUUAGCAUUAUCUGAUAGACCUUGGCAAAUUGAGCACAAUCAACAUACUGGAUUAAAUUUUGCUUGUGUUGCUUUUGAACAUUAUGAACAUGUGCAAGAAGCAGCCGUAUUUAACUAUGACGAAACUAUUAAGCAAUCCUAUAUGUUUAUUAGUAAGAAUUGUUUGAAUUUUGUACAAUUAAAUAAUUUUAUUAAAAAUAACAUCAAAACCAUUGAUGUUUAUGAUACUCCACGAAGGUUAUACUACGAUGGUCAUAAUAAACUAUUUAUUGUUGCUUGCACAAGUAGUCAAUUACCAUUUCCUACUUCUAUACUCAAAUUGAUUGAUCCUUCAAGCGGAGAAAUUAAGCACGAGUAUAAUUUAUCUGUACAUAACGAAUUUUCUGAUAAUCGAGAAGCUGUUUAUUCUAUCACUGGUUGGAAAUAUUCUACAAUAAGACAGGAAUUUCGAUUUAUUUGUAUUGGGACAGGAAUACAUUGUCCUCCUGACAAUGAUAUUAAUCAAGGAAGGUUUAUGAUAUUUAACAUAAAGAAAUCAAAUCAUGAAUACGGAAUUGCAUACGAAUUAAAUAAGAUCAAAGAAAAGAGUCUUAACGGAAUUGUUCAUGCUAUUUGCCCUUUAAUUGAUAAAUAUAUUUUGGUUGGUGAAGGUAGAACUUUAAAUGUAUUAAAAUUCAAUCUAGAAGAAAACAAAUUAACUAAAAUGAUAAGUAGAGAAUUGAGAUGGCCAAUAUUAUCAAUAAAUUCUUCUGGAAAUAAAAUUUGUGUUGGUACACAAAAAGGAUUAUCUUUCUUUGAAUUUGAAGUUGAGAAGGAAAGAAUCAAUUUCUUAAAAAUGGAGAAACAUGCUCGAUUAAUUGGAGAUUCUAUUAUGUUAAACGAAAAUUUAGUUAUUGGAGCUGAUAAAUGUGGAAACGUAUUUGGUUUAUUAUAUGAUAAAGAGGAUCAAACUAUAGUACCAUGUUUAAGGCCGUUAUUUUCGUUUUAUGAAGGUGAAAUAGUCUCGAAAUUACGUAUAGGGAAUCUUGGUUAUCGUACCGAAAAUUCUAACAAUAAUAACAACUGUGAUGAUGAUGAUACAAGUGCUUCUUCAAUAACCGUAGAAUCAAAUUUAAAUAAAGAAAACAGAGAACAUAGAGAAGAGAAUAAUGAUAACAAUGCUAAUAAUGAAAAAGAAUUAGGUUGGGAUAUUAAUAAAGAUCUAAAAAAUUCGGCUGCUGUUAUUGUGGGAUGCAGUUUAUUAGGAAGUGUUUUUUUAUUCAUGAGAAUUGAAUUGAAAGCAUUUAGAUUAUUAAGUGUUUUACAAAAUGUUUUGGAAAAAUGGCCAACUACUAAGCCUUGUUUAGGAAAUGACAAUACGAAAUUUCGAUUAUCAAAUCAUGUAGCAUUUAAUUCAUCCUCUAAUUCAUUAUAUCGACCUACUAACUUAAUAAUUGACGGAGAAAUGGUUUCUCAAUUUUUACGUUUAACCAAAUUUGAACAAUUGAAAAUUGUAGAAAGUAAUUUUGAAAUAAUGAAAAUCGGUAAAGAGUAUCUGCUAGGCGAAGAUAUAGAUGAAGGAAAAUUUUUAGAUGAUAGUAUAGAAAUUCUUGAAGAUGACGAUGUUAUCAUGAUACAUCAUCAUGAUGACGAAGACUAUGAAAUGUCUAUCGAAGAUGACGAUGUGCAUAGUGUAAAAAGAGAAAGUUUCGGUGAUAGUGAUGUUAAGGGGAAAAUUGCAGGUAAAGGAGGUAAACAGGUUUCACCUAAAGAAAUUGUUGAUGUAUUAAAUUUUAUUUUGUCAGAAUUAAAUAUGCAAGUAUCAUAAAAGAAGGGAUUUUUUCUUCAUAUAUUAAAUUUUUUAAAAUUAAUUAAAUAGUUAAUUAUUAAAUUUUUUGUAAUGAGUGAUCAUCACUUUUCUGAAUUUUUGAUCGAAAGAAAUGGGUAUAAAUAAAAUUCUUUCCGCUCAAUAUUCUGUUUAGUAUAAUCUUCCCUUCCUCCUCCUCUUUUUUUUCAUUUUUAAAAGGUUUUUGAAUGCAUAAUUAAGGCCAAAAUUAUCCAGGU